CAGAGCGUUUACUGUCGCCGCUCUGACCCCACCAACAUGGCGUCCGCUCAGUAUCCCCACUUCCGCCUUGGAUCGGAAGUUCCCCCUCCCUUCCCGCGGUGCUUUGCGCUCUCCUCUCGCCGGGGCUGGGCCAGUUGCAGCCAAGAUGGCAGACUAUGAGGAUCGGGUGUCUGAUGAGGAGAAGGUGCGUAUCGCUGCAAAAUUCAUCACCCACGCACCGCCAGGGGAGUUCAAUGAGGUCUUUAACGAUGUCCGGUUACUCCUCAACAAUGACAAUCUGCUCAGGGAGGGAGCAGCACAUGCAUUUGCCCAGUACAACAUGGAUCAGUUUACCCCUGUAAAGAUUGAAGGUUACGACGACCUGGUCCUUAUUACAGAACAUGGAGACAUGGGCAAUGGCAGGUUCUUGGAUCCUCGGAACAGGAUUUCCUUUAAAUUUGACCACCUGAGAAAAGAUGCAAGUGAUGCCCAUCCCGAUGAAACAACAGAUUCCACUUUAAAAUCUUGGCGAGAUGCUUGUGACAGCGCUUUAAGAGCCUAUGUGAAAGACCACUAUCCCAGCGGCGUUUGUACUGUGUAUGCAAAGACUAUAGAUGGACAGCAGACAGUUAUCGCCUGUAUUGAGAGCCACCAGUUCCAGCCCAAAAACUUUUGGAAUGGUCGUUGGAGGUCUGAGUGGAAGUUCACUAUUUCACAAUCCACUGCUCAACUGGUUGGAGUGCUGAAGAUUCAGGUGCACUACUAUGAAGAUGGUAAUGUUCAGCUGGUUAGCCAUAAAGACGUGCAGGAAUCCAUAACAAUCUCUGGGGAGGCGCAAACUGCCAAGGAGUUUAUAAAGAUUAUAGAACAAGCAGAAAAUGAUUACCAGACUGCCAUAAGUGAAAACUAUCAGACAAUGUCAGACACCACUUUCAAAGCCUUACGUCGGCAGCUGCCCGUCACCCGCACCAAGAUCGACUGGAACAAAAUUCUCAGCUACAAGAUUGGCAAAGAAAUGCAAAACGCUUGAUCAUUUUAAAAGAGCUACAGCCGUGUCUAGUGUGCAAAGCAAAGUCGGAAGUGUUUGGUCUUACACGUAUUCUGUGCGACCCCUUAUGUGCCAGAACGGCCAGCAGAAUAUUCUUUUCUGGCCGUCCUUCGGCACCAAUGGGGUUAAAAUGAAACGAAACAAAAAAAAAUAGGGGUUUAUAAAAUGUGAUAUUUUGCUAGGGCCUACAAAGUUAUUGUAUUUUCUAACCUAGAAGCGCUGCAGAACAAUCGGCUUUGUUUUAUAUUCUUCUCUCAGAAGCCUGUAAAUGUGAUCACUGUGUAGGUUGGUUCAGUUUUUUAUUUUUAUCUUUUUACAAUUGACUUCUUGAUGUUAGAAAACGUACCAGCUUUGGACGCUCUUUUAAGCUCUAUUUAUAGAGCUAGGGAUAAAACAAGGAAUGUUUUCCGCUAAGUCAAUGGCACUUGUAAGGUUAAAGGGUACCUCUCAUCAAAUAAACUUUUGAUAUAUUUUAGAUUAAUGAAUGUGGAAUAACUUUCCAAUAGCAUGUUAAUGAAAAAUAUGCUUCUUUCUAUUGUAUUUUUCCCGAUCAGUCCUGUCAGCAAGCAUUUCUGACUCAUGCUGAAGUCCUAA